AACAAAUGGUUAGGCCUACUACCAUACCAUGGAUCUAGAGAUAACCAUUUUGGGCUAAAAUGCGGAAAGAAUUUUCUUUGAGAAUAAAGCCAAUUUAUUAUACGUUUGAAUGAAAUCCAGUAGUCAACAAUGGAAGAAAUCAUUGCCAAGUUGGAGGUGUGCAUGGCCACCCUAGACAAGAUUGCUACCAAGUACGAUUCCCAGGCGGAUAAUGAUGAAAGAGGGCAUCCUUUAUAUACAUCCAUGGUCAGGGUCGACGGAAAGCCGAUUCUUCCACCUCUGAUGACCCCAGACAGAAGGUCUGAGAUGAUACACUACCAGGCACAGGCAAUUGAAAGAGAAAGGGAACGACAAGAAAGAAGGCGACAACAACUGGUAGAGAGGGUGGAAACCAUUGUAAAUAGUUAUGAGGAUAGCAGGCAAUCUUUGGGUAGCAAGGACAACAGUCCCCAGCAGGCAGCUACUUCACUACCAGACCAAACCACGCAAGUACACAGCAUUCAGUCGGUUGAAACAAAGCAAGUCCCGCAUGGCAUCAGCAACCCAUCAUACUCACCGCUCAAAUACAUGGAGAUGGAUGAAGAGGAGUGGAAUGUAAGACCAGCCACGCCUUGGAGAAGAACAAAGCAAGCGAAGGCAAAGACAGUCAUAGCAGCCAACUUUGAUUCAAGAGGACACCAGCCCAUCUCAUCUACCAUGAGGAUGGACCACAGUCAGGAUGUGAGAGGAACCACACCGGAUAUUUCUGCCAUCUCGGUGGCUUCCUCACAAGCUGGUAACUCAUUGCCAUUCAAUUCCCUGAUAGAUGCCAUUGACCCUACGCUCACCAGGAGUGUGCAGCCUGUUCUGAAGGAAGUGUUACCAUCCUCUCCUCCUGGGUUGGCAGAUUUGAGAGCAAUGGCUCCCGAUGGAACUGCAGCACCCCGGCCAGUGGAUGUCUCGUCCAGUAUCACUUUAGAUGUGAACUCAAAUAUAAAGAAUGACCCUUCAGAAUCUCAAGAGGUCACAUCGUCUGAGUACUCUACUGUUCAGCCACCUGACACAAGUGCAGUUAUCGACAGUGCUGUCAUAAGUAGACUUAGUCCUAUACCCAAGAUGAAUGCAGUGCAACCUUUGAGCACAGGGGUAGCUGGUAGCACUGGAACCCAGUCGACAAAUAGCAGUACCAAUAGUGCAUUGAACCAAACAGUCAUUGACCUGUCUCAGAUGUCACUGGCCCAAGGUCAGUCAACUUUGGAAAAAGCAGGGGACUCUCCCAAAUCUGAGAACAAUAAAUCAGAUUCUCAAUCGCAUUCAUCAGCAGAAGCAAAUUCUAAAGUAGAACCACCAAAAGAUGAUAUAAGCACUAAGGACAUAAACAAUCUUGUCAGCAACACACAAGAGGAUAAUCAUGUGGCAGGAUAUUUGAGUGAUACAGAGUCGUACAUGAGCCUGCUGGGGGAGUAUUCAUUGCUGCCAACACCAGGAUCUAAUAGGGGAACACCGGACCCUAUUCCUAAAAGAAAUGCUAAAACAGUCCCUUUCUUUGCAGAUCCUACAUCACCCGAUGCAACUGAUGUCAAUCCUGAAGCAGAAGUGCCAGUAAAAACUAGUGAAACGAUUGAGGAAAAUAAAAGUGGUCUUCCUGCUGCUGAUGCCUCUGUUGAUACGUUGCAAUCCCUAAAGUCUGUGGAUGGUUCGGAAUACUGUGGAAGCUCCUUGGGGACGUUGGGUCAGUCGGUCACCCUUCCCAUCAGCCUCAGCGUGACAUCUGAAUCUACUCUUCAUGGGGUCGAAGAAACAUGGGACAGAACGAGCCAGGAGAUGACUCCUACUGGGACAGAAGGAGCUGCGUCCAUCGCCAGUGAUGAAUUGACAAAUGCAGGAAUGGUAAGAGCAGCACCUGUUGGUCAAGAAAGCAAUGCAGCUGCUGAGAUUAUCAAAGAGACAGUAAAGAAAUCUGAAGAAUCUGCAAGGCACCCAAGUGUAGAAAAGCCUUCUGCAUUGCCAUCGGGAAAGACCUCCUGUGAUGAGAAAGAGAAAGGAGGGGUCAAAGUUGAGAGGUCAGGGGUUAAGAUUGACAGUGACUUUCAAACACCACUCAGACACCAUGCUAGGAAGUCCUCCUACACACUGGAUUUCCCUUCACCUGCACUCCUAGAUGCAGAGGCUCGUCACCAGGCUCCACAUAUAAGUGGACGUGACGUCAGCUAUAAUGAACCAGGCAGUAAGUCCAAUGAUGCCGAUGAAGUUGCUGUAAAGAAGGCUGAGGCAGAAGAGAUGACAGCAAGCGAUGAAAAGCAGCCUCGUGAUCUUUCAUCAGAAAUGAAUGAUCUCAAAAUAGAUGAUGUUACCGAGGCGAAGGUGCUAUCUCUCCAGCUGUCAUGCCUGGAGCAGAUGCAGCAACGUCUCCAGCGCCAGCAUGAGGAGCAGAUGAAGGAGCUGAUGCUCCAGCAAUCCCAGGAGAUAGUUCUCCUUCAGAGUGAGAUGGAGGGGAUCAGGAGACAAGCUGCCCAGUCUGCUCUCGGCCAUAUACAUGACCAAGAUUCCAAUGAGACCCCCAAUGAAGUCACAAGUAAACAUGAAGAAAUCAAACAAGAGAGAGAAGAUCAGUUGUCCGGUAAGGAAACUUCUUCCAACAUAACAUCAUCAAUCAACACAUCUCUUGACAAGAAUGACAAGAGUGCUCAGGAUGCUAGGAGUCAGAGAAAGGGUCCACCUACCAGUCCCAACAGCAGGAAAAGACGCUUUGAGGAAUCCUCAGAAGCUACCUUGGUGCAGGUUCCUCCCUCCUACAUCAAGCAGUCCUCGCUGGUAGGCAAGGGGUACACCUCCCCUGGUUUCUUCUCGCCAGUUGGUGACAAGCCUCUUCUCAAUGCCAAGAAGAAACUGACUCCUCAGGACAGUCUGGAUUCCGAUCAUGGAGGACUGGUGGAAGUUCCGCCAUCAUACAUCAGAUCCGGUAGCUACCAUAGACCUGUAUCCAGAAGCCCUACCCGUCAGAGAGCUUCAGCCACACCCAAGGACUCGACUGCAGCUUCUGCUCUCCUGGGUCCAUCAUCCAUUCCUGCAGAAGAGUCAUCCACUGCUGACUCCUCGCACCUUACUACUUGGGGCACUCCUCUCAGAGAAACCCAUGAUAGAGAUUCAUCCAAGCUGUCUACACAGCCAUCUCCUGCAGAGGACAGUCCUAAAGGACCCGGCCAUCUUCCUGGAACCUUGGUGUCAGAUCCUGUUUUUGUGAACAGUCUGAGUGAUUCUUUCUUUCUGAAUGAUGGACAGACUGGAGAAGCUUCAGAUAGGAAUCCUGACCACCACCAACAAACAUCAAAUUAUUUCAGACCAUGGACUAUCAGUCCGAGUUUACAGAUGGACAGCAGGUUCGACAAGAUAUCCGCGAGGGUCAAAGGUUAUCUUACCCGUGCCCUCAUGAGAACACCAAAGGUCAAAGCCUUGGUCAAGACCAUCAAGGAUACUCGAGUAUUUCUGUACCAGUUUCAAGCUGAGACUCCUGUUAAAAGAGGAAAGUUAUCUGACCAAGACAUGAAGCUGGCUCAUAGAGUACUUACACAGCUGAGGGCAGCUCAAUAUGAACUGGAUGAUAUCUUCCAUGUGUUUCCUAUCUCUCAGAGAAUGGCCAUAUUAAGACACACCAGAGAACAAGAGAGAGAAAACUACUUCAACAAGAAGGUUUCACCUCCAUCUGUUGGCCAGAAGUCCAAACUGUUAUCAGCAGCUACCAAGAAAGCAAUGGAGAGAAGGCAACAACAAGCAAAAGAAGGUGAUAUCGUACAGAGCGGACCUAAGAGGCAGAAAUUAGUCCCAUCAAACCAAAGGCCUAAGAGUGCAGCUGAAACAAGAGUUCUUCGACCGCUUCAAAGCCAGAAAUCCCCUGCCAGACCAGCUACAGCUGCUCCGCCAAGGACCUCUUCAUUUUCCAUCACUACGCAAAGCCAGAAGGUGAAAGCAUCUGUACUGAGCAAACCUUUUCCAGCUAAACCUGUCAUGGUUUCCAGACAUACUAGCAAGGCAACAAGAUCCCCUUCAAGGUCAUCAUCAAGGUCAGCUUUAAAUAGACCAGGAUCCACAAGACCUACUUCUAGACUAUCUCUAGUGUCAACGGGUCAGGCCAAGACCAGCUCGGUAAGGCAGGGCAAGUCUCCAGCGAGAGCAGCUACUGGUACCGGGUCUCAGAACAAGACUAAGAGCGUCAGGAGAUCGCUUUAUCCUGCAUCGGUUGGGACUGGUAAAAAGACUAUGCAACGUAAACAGACAGACACUAGAAAGCCGUAAAAGAAUGGUGUGUAACAUAUUAAUCACCCGUGAUAGUUUGAAAUCACAUGGGGGGGGUGAUUACAUGCUAGAAAAAUCACCCUUUUUCUUCGCAACAUUUUCAACCUACUGUCCAAGCAAACGAGGAACUUCUAUUGGUUUUGUGGUAAUGAUAAAGUACUACUGGGUAGUCGUAUAGAAAAAUGACACUGACAAAAAUAUAUUGUCCAUGGGUGAAUUAGAGGUGAAAGUGUCGUAUGGGACAUUUCUGAGUCCCAUACGACACAACAUUUUCUUAUUUAAUUCACCCAUAAUCAAACAUUUCUUGUUGGUAAUCAGUUUUUGUCUCACCUGCAUAGCAGAGUGAGACUAUAGGCGCCGCUUUUCCGACGGCGGCGGCGACGGCGGCGGCGGCGUCAACACCAAAUCUUAACCUGAGGUUAAGUUUUUGAAAUGACAGCAUAACUUAGAAAGUAUAUGGACCUAGUUCAUGAAACUUGGCCAUAAGGUUAAUCAAGUAUUACUGAACAUCCUGCCUGAGUUUCAUGUCACAUGACCAAGGUCAAAGGUCAUUUAGGGUCAAUGAACUUAGACCAUGUUGGGGGAAUCAACAUCAAAAUCUUAACCUAAGGUUAAGUUUUUGAAAUGUCAUCAUAACUUAGAAAAUAUAUGGACCUAGUUCAUGAAACUUAUACAUAAGGUUAAUCAAGUAUCACUGAACAUCCUGCAUGAGUUUCACGUCACAUGACCAAGGUCAAAGGUCAUUUAGGGUCAAUGAACUUUGGCCGAAUUGGGGGUAUCUGUUGAAUUACCAUCAUAACUUUGAAAGUUUAUGGAUCUGAUUCAUGAAACUUGGACAUAAUAGUAAUCAAGUAUUACUGAACAUCCUGUGCAAGUUUCAGGUCACAUGAUCAAGGUCAAAGGUCAUUUAGGGUCAAUGAACUUUGGCCAAAUUGGGGUAUUUGUUGAAUUACAGACAUAAAUUUGAAAGUGUGUUGGUCUAGUUCAUAAAACUUGGACAUAAUAGUAAUCAAGUAUCACUGAACAUCCUGUGCGAGUUUCAGGUCACAUGAUCAAGGUCAAAGGUCAUGUAAGGUCAAAGAACUUUGGCCACGUUGGGGGUAUUUGUUGAAUUGCCAUCAUAUCUCUAUAAGUGUAUUGGUCUAGUUCAUAAAACGUGGAAAUAAGAGUAACCAAGUAUCACUGAACAUCUUGUGCGAGUUAUAGUAGUUUUCAAAAUCAGCACUGCUGCUAUAAUGAAUCGCGUGAUGCAGGUGAGACGGCCAGAGGCAUUCCACUUGUUCACAUGACUACCCUCUAUAACCUUUUUAUUGACAAAAAAAGAAGUUUUAUUGCUCAAGCAAUCAGCUAAGAGUCUAGAAAUUGUUGUCAAAAUGUCCCAUAGGACACGUAUGGAAUCGCCCAUGGAAUAGUUUGAAAUCUCAUGGGAUAGCUUUGCAUCAAAGGAAGGUUAUCUAUAUGGACUAAUGAAGAUGAAAUAUAUUUCCCUUUGGCACCCCAUAAACAAGUAGCUUAUCGAUUGAUCGAUGGGCUGGGGCCCGUCUUACAAAGACUCGCGAUUGAUCCGAUCAAUCGCAACUAUGGAAAACCAGCAAAGUCAACAUAUAAAAUGCACGUUUGCUCAAAAAAUUCUAGAUAUGAAGGUAUGUCCAUAAAUUAAUUGAUAUCUUGACAGUUCGGUGUGUUCUCCUUUGUUUACAAAGGACAUUUUGCACAUUUCCUGUUUAAAAAAUUAUGAAACUGAUGGAUAUCCAUAGAGUUACGAUUGAUUGGAUCAAUCGUAACUUUUUGUAAGACGAGGCCCCAUGUCUACUCAUGGAUCGCAUUGCUUAUCGUGUAUGAUCAAUUUUAAAAACAGCUCCACAAUAAAUUGCUAUGCUUUAUAUUACCGGGCCUUGUUUUAACUGAUUGAAAUGAAUAACAGGAAGACUGUUAUCUGCAGUUAUAGUGUAUACAUUUCGAGAUGGACCAAAAAUAUUUUGUUUGAAUGUGGAUAUUUUCCCAACGGUGUGCCUUGUUUAUUAAACUCUACCAGGAAUAGUAGCUCUCUGUGAUAUAUUUGUAUAAAUUGAUUAUUAUUGGCAUAUUUGACAUAUAGAUUUAAAGCCCAUGGACAGUGUUUUCUGUAAACUGAAUCCUUGGAGAUGUUUCCCAAUGAAUUAAACCUGACAAAAAAAAAUCACACUUGAAUUCUCAGUAUAUAACACUUUACCGCAUUGGUCAUAUCACAUUCAUGGGAAGUGAUUUACUACAUAUAGAUAAAUAAGAUUACGCAUUUGCAAACAUUUGGAAAUUGUCAUUGUUUUAUUUGCCCCAAAUUUAUUGUGUUUGAGGUAAACACUUGUGAGAGAGACAUAAAAAGUCAUUUAUCAUUUUGAACAUAAUAUCUUAAAUCCCGAAUUUUGAUAAGAUAUGAAAGACUGCAAAUCCUUUGUAAGAGCUGUGUAAAGAGGAAUAAUGAUAUAAAGUUCUUACAGUUUGUAUAUAUGUAUAUAUAAAUUAUAUCCACAAUAAAACACCAGAAGCAUAACACUGAAAGUUUCAUCAAAAUCGGAUAGAAAAUAAGAAAGUUAUGACAUUUUAAAGUUUCACUUAAUUUCACAAAACAGUUAUAUUCACAACCUUGUCGUUAUGCAAAUGAGGAGACUGAUGACAUCACUCACUCACUAUUUCUUUUGUAUUUUAUCAUAUGGAAUAUGAAGUAUUCCAAUUUUCUCCCUGUUCUGUGAAACAACGAUUAAUUCCUCCCUGAACAUGUGGAAUUAGCAUUGUUUAAUACUAUAUGGUUCAAUCAAGUUGGUCCUUAUUGUCAAAUCUGUACAAAAUGAAAUAUUGUAUAAUUCAAACAAUAAAAAACAAAAGAAAUAGUGAGUGAGGGACAUCAUCGACUGUCUCAUUUGCAUGUUACUGACUUUUGCAUAUCACUGUUUUGUGAAAAAUAAGCGAAAGUUUAAAAUGUCAUUACUUUCUUAUUUUACAUCCGAUUUUGAUGGAAUUUUCAGCAUAAUUGUUGUUGGAUUUUUCUCUAUUUAUUCAAAUCAACAUUCUUCUGGGGUGGACUUGACCUUUAAUUGAGCAUACAUUCCAAAUGAAUAUAUUUUUUUUGCUUGAUGCAAUGUGCCAGAUUUGUUCUGAUGUGUUUAUUAUGAACGUAAGUUUGCCGUUAAUAUAACUGUAAAAAUGCAUUCCAAACAGUGUUCCCUAAUGAAUUGUAGAGUAUGAUAAACAUUGGUAUAUGAUUCCAGUUGGAUGGGGUAUAUUCAUGAACUGAUCUCAUAAGUAUACUUUACUCCUUGUAUGAACAUAUAUGGUACCUGCUGUUCCAAGUUGUUUUUUUACAAAGCAUUUGAGAACUAUACUCUCCCCUUUCAAAUGAUUUUAAACAUUUGACAAAAUAUAGAAUAUUUCAAUGCUUGCAGAUUUAAUUGACAACAGGGAAGCAUCUUUAAGAAUCACAGUAGGUUGUAAGAAUGGCAGGGGAAAUAUCAAAUCAUGCUUCACUUUAAUAUGAGCGAAAAAAUUAAGAUAAUUCACAUUUCUUAUGGUAAAAUAGAAAAAGAAAUAGUGAGUGUGUGCUGCCAUCAGUUCCCCCCAUUUGCAUACUCACCAGGAUGUGAUUAAGUUUGUAAAAUGAGAGAAACUUUAAAACUUCACAACUCUCCUAUUUUAAACCCAAUUUUGAUGAAAUUUUCAGUGUUAUGCUAGUUUGAUUUUUCUCUUUACACACGAAUCAACUAUUGCCAGGUUGAAUUUCCCUCUACCAUUAAGUGUCUCUAAGAUGGAAAGGAAACACGAGUCUCGGUAGGAAAUGGAAAUUGUAAUAAACAGCAAAAUGAAAAGUAAUAUGUACAUAAAAUAAAAGUAUUCUCUCUUUUAGCAUAUGAAAUAUUUAAAAUGGAAAGGUUGUUCAGCAGAUUGUUACUUGUCACAUGAAUAGUUUGGAACAUAAGUAUAUGAGUAGUCAAUAUUUCAAAAGGUGAAUAUUAUGGACUCUUAAUGUAAACAGUUUUGUGUUUUACUACUACCACUGUGCAGUUGAUCAGAUCACAUACAAUGUAUAUUUGUACUUUUCUAAAUAUCUGUAAUUUUUGUACAUUUUCUCAUUUAUUGAUUUCAUACAUACCAGAUUUGUGAUUUUUUUUUCAAUCAGUACUUGCUUGACUAUUUUGAGAGACUUAUUCCACUUUCUGUUACAUCUCAUAAAACUGUAUUGUGAGUGAUGUGCCUUUUAUAUUUUUGUGCAAUGAAAGUUUAUGAAAUUAUGGGAAA